UUUAUUUCCAUUUAUGUUUACUUAGUUUUAUUCAUACCUACGUUUGAUCGUAAUGAUUCUUUUUUUAUUAUUUUAGUCGGUAUUUGUAGGAAAAUGAACUAAAAAUUGUUAACCUCAAAAAGUUGAAUGGUUGUUAAGUUUCUCUGUUAAAGUGUUAAAUGUGUGUAAGAAUUUACAGUUUUAGGGACAUUAUCAAUAUGAUUGCCAUUGUUCUUAUCGAGUACCGAAGAGAUGCCACGCCCCACUGAAAUAAUACAAGCUGAAGAAUCGACAGCUCCGCGGUCCCCAUUAAGAAGAUCGUGUCGUAUAAUUGCAGUAUCUUCUCCAAUGCCGUCCGAAGCAAACACUAUUAAAGAAAGUAAUGAAGAUAAAGAAGUUGAACAAACUGGUACAGCCAAUAGAGGAAAGAGAGGAUCAUCAGUAACUAAAGAUAAUGGAGAAGCAAGCAUUGAACCAGGAAAAACUAGAUCUCGAAGAUCGUCUACUUCCAGUGAAAGUUCUUUGAAAAUUGAAAAAGAAACUGUGAAACCUAUUAGAACACGUAGAAGCUCAGCAACUCGUGAGGAGGAAACCAAAAAACCUAUCAGAGGAAGGAGGAGUUCUAUACAAUCUGAUAUUGAGGAAGAAGUUGCGAAGCCUGUCAGAAGUACACGAAACUCGAUACAAAACGAGAAAGAAGUGGAAGAAGAAUCAUCUGUAAAAACAAUUAGAGGAAGAAGAAGUUCAGCUCAAGAUGAUGUGAACGAAGAACAACGGCCUGCAAGAAUUACUCGUAGUAGGACGUCUAUGUCUAGAGAUGAAGAAACUAAAGAUGCUGCUGAACCAGAACCAAGAAGAACUACUAGAAGUCGUCGAUCGUCAAUUGAUGCUGAAGACGACACAGUACCUAAACAAGUGAAAACUCCAAUGAAACCUAAAAGAAGGCUCUCAGUGUCUGAAACGGCUGCUAUUUUAGAACCUAUAGAUGAAAAAGAAGAAGCACAAAACACUGCAAAACGUAAAGAUGAAAGUGUCCCAGGAAGUAGUGAGAUAAAAAUAAAUACAGACAAAACUAAUGAGCUUUAUAUUAUAUGUGAAAAUAGUUUGGGUGAUGAAGAUGGACGAAAAAGUUUAACGCCAAAAGCUUCACCAAGUCUCAACAAUGAAGGAAAAUCAAGAAAGGGAAAAUUGGAGAAAAGUGAACUCAAAGGUAGCCCAGUUAUAGUUCCUGAGGGAGGACGUCUAACACCAGACAGUCAAACGGUUAGAAAAUCACCUAGAAUUCAAGAAAAGAUAGAAAAAUGCAAAUCUGGAGAACACACCCCACAUAAGAAGUGUACAUGUUGUGAUGAGGAACUUUCAAAUUCCCCUUCCCGCAGAAAAAUAGGUUUGAAAACACCAGAAGAAAACGAUCUAACAUGCAACGUCAAUGUAGAAGACAUACAGUUUUCAACAAAAGUUAUACAUAAUGAUAAAUCGAUACAGAUGAAAGAAUGUCUUGUCGAUGAUGAUGUAUUCACAUCAGAAACGGUAGUUAUUCAGAAAACCGAAACGAAGUGUCUUAUUAGCGAUGGUUCAGAUGGAUCGUUUCAAUUUAAUCUGUCCAAGAGCAAAUAUGAAACUACAGAAAGCGAAGGUGACCUAAACGAUUCUAAGGCAAGUGAUAGUAGCGACAAAGAAAACGCUCAUCUAAAUCUAGAAAAAAAUUCAAAACCCCCAAUCACUGCUGAGCAGAAUGUUUUGGAAAAAUUAGCUGCAUCUGCCAAACCAGAACGAGUUCAAAACAUAACUCUGAAUCGUGUUUCGAAUGUCUUCAGACCUAAAAAUGUUGAUUACAGUUUUGUCGAAGCAAUGGACGUUGAUACUACCCUAAACCUAGAUGUUUCUAGAAUGGAAAAGAGCCACAUCAUACCAAACGAAAAUUCAAAAACUAUUGAUCUAACUGUGGAUGAAACUUUUUCCUUAAAUUUAUCUGAUACUUAUAUCGAAAAUUCCGAAGAUACAACAAUAUCAAAAGGUUCUAAAACGAUCGAAAACAAUUUGGAGGAUGAAACUAAUGAAAAAGAAAAUACGACAUUAAAUAUAAGUAAAGAAAAUCAUGAAAAUGAAAGAAAUACAGAAGUUAAAGAAAACGCCCAAGAAAUAUCUUCCUUAGAUGUAGACAAAUCGAAACUAAAGUCAUUAAAGGAAAGUCACAAAGAAAAUAGUGUUGACUUAAAAACGGACUCUCUCCUAAAUAAAACCGACUGUAAGGAUGCAGAAAAUAGAGAAGAUAUAACUGAGAAUGAAAACGAAGUUAGUAUAGAAGAAUCACAAAUUGCUUCAAAAGAAUCCGAAUCUGUCACAGUAGACUCAUUACAAAAUAUUACAGAAAAUCAUCACGAUGUAGAAACCAUCUCAAAUAUUGAAGAUCGUUCUACGGCUGAUAAAGCUGCUGCGGAAGAAAUAGAAGAAGAAGACGACAGAUUUAGCGAAACCGAUGAAAGAGAAGAAUCUCGCAAGAGCAAGGAUUGUCAGUCUAUCGAGGUGAAAGAGGAGGAGGAAGAAGAUGAUCGAUUUACUGAGACCAAAGAUAUAUCAGAAGAUUAUGAGUUUGAUGUGUCAGAUACAGAGGAAGUAUCACCCGUUAUUCCUACACAAUCUGAAUCGCUUAGAAAUGAGACUGUUAAAGAAGAUAUUCUUAAUGUUAGUCGGGAUGAGGAACAAAGUUCUGAGAUAAUAGAACGUGAAGAUGAUCCAGAAAUUGACAUUGAAACAUUAGAAGAGGAUGAAGAGUUAUCCAAAGAAAUUAAAAAUAAUGAUGAAGCUACAAUUAAUAAAAAUGAUAGUGAUCAGCCAACAAAAGAUAGUCAUGAAAAAAUAACUGAAAGUGCUAAAAUUUUCAUUACAUCUGAUUACCUAGAAAAAGAAUCAGUAACUUCUUCGGUUGAUGAUAAAUUUGCAUGCUCACUGAGAUCCAGUGAUUCAGUUAGUACAGAAGAGAAUGCCAUACAAGCAGAUCAAGAGCAAAACAUACGAGAAGAUCAAAUUGCUAUAACGGAUACUUGUGACUGUAAAGAAGAAAAUAAUAGAAUCACUGAGGAUAGUGUUAAGUACGACGAUAUGGAAAAUACUUUUCAAGACAUAGUUCAAGACGAUAAGGAUGAGGAAUUAUCUGCAACACCCACAAAUACCCAAGAUAAAGCUGAAGAAAUUGAAUCAGAUAUUAUUGACCAUCAGAAAAAAGAAACUUCUCAAAGUAUCAUCAUGGAUAAUAAAAAAGAAAACGGUCUGGAUGCAACACAGUUAAUACAUGACCAAAAAGAAACUAUAAGCUCUGAAAGUACCUCGAGUAGCAGUUUAUCUGAAUUAGAAAACGAAGAGAGAAAUGAGUUACCGGAAAAAAUGGGAAUGUCAGAACUUUUAAAUCCAAUCAAGGCACAAGAAGAAUCAAAUAAUACACAAUUGUCUGUUGUAAAUUCUACCAGUCUAGAACUUGAACCGCAAAAAUCAUUCGAAAUUUCAGCUGCCAUAAGUCCUAAAAAGGGAAAAAAGAGGAAAUCGGAAAUUCUUACUGUAGACCUAGCAAAAAUUUCCAAAAAUAUAACAAAUAAUCAAGGAGAUACACUCGAAAAUAAUCUUGGAAAUGUAGAUAAAUCAUCCAAAAUUUCAACAGUCAUAAGUCCUAAAAAAGGAAAAGAUAGACAAUCGGAAAUUGUUACUGAGGGCCCAGCAAAAAUAUCGGAAGAGAACACAAAUAAUCAAGAAAAUACACCCGAAAACAAUCUUGAGAAUGUAGAAAUCCAUAAAUCAUCUGAAAUUUCAGCAGCCAUAAGUCCUAAGAAAGGAAAACAGAGAAAAUCGGAAAUUUGUACUGUAGACCCAGCAAAAAUAUCCGAAGAGAACGCAAAUAAUGAAGAAGAUACACCCGAAAACAAUCUUGAAAAUGUAGAAACCCAUAAAUUAUCUGAAAUUUCAGCAGCCAUAAGUCCUAAAAAAGGAAAAAAUAGACAAUCGGAAAUUGUUACUGUAGACCCAGCAAAAAUAUCGGAAGAGAACACAAAUAUUCAAGAAGAUACACCCGAAAACAAUCUUGAAAAUGUAGAAACCCAUAAAUUACCUGAAAUUUCAGCAGCCAUAAGUCCUCAAAAAGGAAAAAAGAGAAAAUCGGAAAUUGUUACUGUAGAUCCAGCAAAAAUUUCCGAAGAGAAAACAAAUAAUCAAGAAAAUACACCCGAAAACAAUCUUGAAAAUGUAGAAACCCAUAUAUUAUCCGAAAUUUCAGCAGUCGUAAGUCCUAAAAAGGGAAAAAAGAGAAAAUCGGAAAUUUUUACUGUAGACCCAGCAAAAAUGUCCCAAGAGAAAAUAAAUCAUCAAGAACAUACACCCGAAACCCAUAAUUCAUCCGAAAUUUCAACAGCAAGUCCUAAAAAAGGAAAAAAGAAAAAAUCAGGUAUCGUUGCUCUGGAAAUAACAGAAGAGAAAGAGAAAAUUGACGUACAUCCAGCACUAAAUUCGAAAACAAAUGAGGAAAACAAUGCAAAAAUUAAUAAGAGAUUUUCGCUUGACCAUUGGUUUGAGUCCUCAACUGUAGACGAUCCACCUGAACCAGAAGAUAUAAGAACAAAGGUUAAAGACUCAAAAAACAAAAAGAAGCAGCAUGACAUAAAUUCAGAUGAAUCUCCGAAAGAUAACAAACGAGAUACAGAACCUACUAAAGUUGUCAAAAAGAACGAAGCCGGAAAGAAACUUAAUUCUACGCAAUUUUUGGAACAAUAUGAAGAUCCCAGAUUGGACGCUGAACUGGAAAGAUUACUUAAAGAAGCUGAAGAUUCCAAAUUUGAUGGAGAUUCCAGCUCUGAUGAAGAUUCCAGCUCUGAUGGAGAUUAUGAAGAGCAGUCCGGCAAUAGUUUUCUUGAUGAUAUGGCGGAAGAAGGAGAAGAGGACACACCUUCAGAAGAUAGUAAUGCUAUUAUAGAUGAAGGAGAACCGAUCAAUACUGAUUCCGAAAGAUCAGAAGAUGAGGACUAUGAUGAUGAUUCUUCUUUUAUUUGUGAUGAAGGUAAUACGGAAUUACUAUCAGGUGAUGAAUUUGAUUUGGGAAACGAACAGACAAAGAAAAAGUCGCGAAUUAUAAACGUAGAUGACAGGGAUGAAGAAGUUAUAAAAAUUAAAAGGAAAAUCAAACCUGAGCCGAUAAAGAGAAAAUCCAGAAUUAUUAAGAUGGAAGAUUCUUCAGAUGAUGAGGAAGUUGUUGAUUUAGUAUCUGAUCAGGAAGGAUCUGUUAAUCCAACUAGUGAAGAGUCAGAUCAAGCAUCACCGAAGAAAGAUACCAUUCAAGAAACUGUUAAACCAAAAUCAUCUAUCAGAAUAAUAGAAAAUGUAGAUGUCAGAGAAAUUAGGGACACAACAUUAAGCGAACGAAUUAAUCAACUUGUAGAUACAUUUUGUACAACAAUUCCUCAAACAGGUGAUGUGUCUAUGAACCUUUCGCUAGAGUAUGCAGGUAAAGCUUCUCCUGAAGAAAAGAAGAAGAGGUCAAAGAGAAGAAAAUCAAAAGAUUUUCAAAGAAAAAGUAUUUCUGAAGAGGAAAAUUUGCCAAAGACACCAAAAUUGGCUGAAGAAGUUUCUCUUGCAGAAUCGCUUAAAAAUGUGCCAACAAAGCCAAGACUUAGCCUUAGUAUGACUGAAGAUGAUCCUUCCACGUCAGAACAAUCACUUAAAAGGCGUUUAAGUAAAAGUAUGGAUGAUGUAGAGAAAGAGAUCAAGAAACGCAAAAAGAAGAAAUCUAAAAAGUCCAGACAAAAAGCAGAAUCAUAUAAAAAAUCAUCAGCAGACUCGAAUUCUGUCAAAGAUAUAAACUUAGAUGAAUUAUCGUUUGGAUUAAUAAAUGGACUUCUCACAGAUGUUAAGAAUAGACCUAGGAGGAUGAUAAAGCCAUCUACUUCAAAAAGAUUUGAUCUCGAUAAUAAUUGGACCGUAGAGCUUGGUGUCGAUGCAAAACCAUCGACGAGCGAGAUUUCCAAGAAAGAAACAGAAGAAUUUAAAAAACCAAAAAUUCAUCCAAAAGAUUUUAGAACUCAAAUGUUAUACAGUUCGUCAAGAGUUAAAAGAAUAGAAACUAAACAGCUGUUAAAGAAAAGGGCAUAUUUUUAGAAUAGAAUAAGUAUUUUUUUAAUUGUAGGCAUUUAAAUAUCGUACUUUUUUGUUAAGUCUGAACUUUUUACAAUGUUACCCGUUGUCUUAUUUUUUUAGUAAAUAUUUUUUUAAUUCUC